AUGAACCAGAUAAUGUCAGUGAUGAUCCAAGCCCGCCCCUUCGACGAGCAUCUCGCCUCAGCGACCACCUCCCGCGCGCUCUUGACGGCGGAUUUGGUAUCCGACGUUCUCCGCUCCAUACCCAGGUUCUUUUUCCUCUCCCCUCGCUCGAUCGGCAGGCAGAACACUACCCGCCACCGUUCUCCGGUAAGACAGCGCAAUCUCGAGGUGGAAUACUGUAACCGUCGCGACGGAGCUCUAGUUCUCGGUCCUGGAGCUUACAGGGAUCCGAGGAGGGUGAAUUUGGGGGUGAGCAAGGCAGUGGAGUUUUUCAGUUGGGUGGAGACGAAUUUAGGGUUUCAGCAUACCGAAUCUUCAUGUCGAGACAUGGCUGUUGUGUUGGCGCGGGGGAAUAGGGUGGACAUGCUGUGGGAAUUUCUCAGAGAAAUGGCCAGAAGAGGAGGAAAUGGUGGUGAAACAAGUCUUGUUACCACACCGACCGUUACCUGUUUGAUGAAAGUCCUAGGAGAAGAAGGCCUGGUGAAACAGGCAUUGGCUCUGUUCUAUCGGAUGAAGCAGUAUCACUGUAAGCCUGAUGUUUAUGCGUACAACACAAUGAUUUACGCUCUCUGCAAGGUCGGGAAUUUCAAAAAGGCGAGAGCUUUGUUGCAGCAGAUGGAGUUACCAGGGUUCAAGUGUCCGCCCGAUACGUUUACCUACACUAUAUUGAUUAGCUCCUAUUGUAAGUACAGUCUGCAUACAGGGUGUAGGAAGGCAAUAAGGAGGAGGUUGUGGGAGGCAAACCAUCUGUUUAGGCUGAUGCUGUUUAAUGGGUUCGUCCCUGAUCUUGUUACUUACAAUUGUUUGAUCGACGGAUGUUGCAAGACUCACCGAAUCGAAAGGGCGACGGAGCUUUUUCAAGAUAUGAAUAAAAGAGGUUGUGUCCCGAAUCGGGUAACUUACGAUUCUUUCAUUAGAUACUACAGUGUGGUGAAUGAGAUUGAUAAAGCUGUUGAGAUGUUGAGGAUGAUGCAGAAGAUGAAUCAUGGGUUGCCCACUUCAAGCUCGUACACCCCAAUAAUACAUUCUCUUUGUGAAGCAGGAAGAGCCCUGGAGGCUUGGGAUUUCCUUGUUGAGCUUGUUGAUGGGGGCUCGAUACCUAGGGAGUACACGUAUAAGCUCGUUUGUGACUCGUUAAAAUCAGCGGGACUAGAGGGCUCCCUAGAUGAUAAGUUCCACAAGAAGAUUAUUGAAGAAGGCAUAGAGCACAGAUUUAGGGAGGUGAAGAAGGCGAAACCAGUUAUGGCUCGCAAGUCCCUGCUGUAG